AAUGAGCACGUGGUAUCUCAUGUGAUUGUCCUCGGUACCAAAAGAUAAGUAAUUAAUUUAUCAUAAAAAAUUAAUAAAGAGGUAACGUGAUAAAAAAAAUUUGCCUUAUAAUAUAUAAGGAUUUGAUGUAAGGAAAUCUUUAGCAGAAUGUCUCGGGUGAUUGAUGUGAAUAGUUGAGAUUGUGAGUUUAAAAACAUAUAUAUAUAUGUUCCACGUAUGAAUGCAUAUAUAUAAACCGACGUUAGUGCACCUUGAAAAUAUCCACGCAAUCCGCGAAGUAGUGGGGAACUUUUCGUACAUAUAGAACGCCAUAAAACCUCGUUGAUGCGAUCAUUUUUGUUCAAAGUAAAUGCGUUAAUCUUAACGUUAACAUUUGAAGUAUAAGAAAAUCACGGCGUACAGGAAGAAAAAGAAGAAGAAGAAGAAAGAGGACAAAAUAAUAUUUUUAAAGACCGAGUGGAUGCUCGCAGUGAUUUUUUUUUUUUGUUUAUUGAGUAAACAAAUAAAAAGUAAAAAUGUCUUCCCGGCUGUCGACCCGGAGGAUUUCAAGGGCGGAAAAUAUGAGAGUUCCUCCCAAUCCACCCAAAGCAUCGAUAGGAUGCCGUCACAUCCAGGUCCUGCUUCUGACACUGGGAUUUUUUUGCUGUUACGCUGUGAGAGUCGCGUUGUCUAUUUCUUUGGUAGCGAUGGUCAAACGGGACUCGGCGAAUCCUAAUUUCGAGGAGUUUGAUUGGAGCGAUAGUGUGCAGAACACGAUACUGAGCUCCUUCUUCUGGGGGUAUGUGAUAACGCACAUACCUGGAGGAGAACUGGCCCAAAGGUUUGGAGCGCACAAAUUUUUGUGCUUCGCCGUGGGUAUAUGCGGCGUCGUCACGGCGUUAAUUCCUUUGGCGGCAACUUAUGGAGGCUGGGAGGCCGUUAUUGUUCUCAGGGUACUAACCGGCGCGUGUCAAGGUGUAAUUCCACCUUGCAUGCAUACUAUUUUGUCUAAAUGGGUGCCUGUUGAUGAAAGAGGAAGAGCUGGAAGCUGCACGUAUUCGGGUGGAUGGCUGGGUAACGUGAUCGCAUUACUAAGUUGUGGCGUCAUCUCUGGUUCAUCAAUCGGCUGGCCCGGUAGUUUUUACAUCUGGGGCGGUAUUGCGACUCUCUGGUCCAUAACUUAUUACUUCCUCGGCAAAGAGUCGCCAGCGGAUCAUCGCGGCAUACCGUUGGAUGAAAAAGAGUAUAUUGAAAUCAGUCUUGGAGUUACGGAGACUACUGAGCCACUAAAGACACCUUGGACUGCCAUUUUUACAUCGAUACCCGUUUGGGCACUUUUAAUUGCGCAGUGCUCCCAGGCAUGGGGCUUCUGGAUGCUCUUAACCAAGACACCGGCUUACAUGAACAGCGCAAUGGGCUACAAAAUACAAGAGAAUGGAAUAGUAUCAGCGCUGCCGUAUUUAGCGGCCUGGUUGCUUGGAUUUCCGAUAAGUUUUACGGCUGACAAGUUGGUUAAAGGCGGCUACACGUCAUUAGAAUCAAUAAGAAAAAUAGCAAAUACUAUUGGAGAAUGUAUACCGGCACUCGCGCUCAUCGGACUGAGUUUUAUUACCAGCGAGCAUCGGAAUGUUGCCGUUGGUGUUCUUAUUAUGUCGGUGGCUUUUAAUGUCGCGGUAUUCAGCGGACAUCAGAUGAAUCACAUGGAUCUGAGCCCUAAUUUUGCUGGUACUCUUAUGGGUAUCACUAAUGCUGCUGCUAAUAUCUGCGGUAUUAUGGCGCCACUUAUUUACGGUGUCAUUGUUUCUGACCCAACUGACAUAACUCAAUGGAGAAAAGUAUAUAUACUAUCAGCAGGUAUUUAUAUAGUUGGUAAUUUAGCAUUUGUAUUUUUUGGCAAAGCCUCAGUACAGCCGUGGAACGAUGGAAUAAAACCCAAGCUCGAAAACUCAACAGCACGUGAAAGUUAUAAAAUUCAAGAAGAACCGAUGCCUUAUGAAUCUAUCAAGAAAGACAACGACAAAGAUAUUAUUACUACUAAGCCGCCGUACUCUGAAAAUACUCAUAAUGAUCUCAAAUAAAUUUUUCCAUCAAUUUCCUUCUGCAUCGUCACCAAUUUUAUUUUUUUUCAAUGUUUUUAUUGUAAAUAUUUACUAGUUACGUGUAAUUAAUUUUAAAUAAAUAAAUUAUUUACCUCAAU